AUGUCACCACAUGAAGAACAAGCUAACAUCGGCAAAGUGCUUAGUUUUCUUCGAGAGUGGGACCGCGGUGACAGCAAGGUCCGCAGCCACAUGUUGAACAGCUUUCUGACUCAAAACACCGGGAAGACGUUUUAUGAGCUGGAGCAGCGGUUUGCACAGGCUUCCAGCCUCUUUCUGGCUCGACUCACUACAUGGGUGAGACUCACGUAUAUGCUUGGGACAUUCUUGGGACCCCAACUGAAAGCAAUCAGGAUUUUUCUUUCUGCAUCAAGCCAUGAUCAGUACCUGAUGGAGUUCCUGGAGGAUGGAGGCGUUCUCACUCUCCUGGACAUCUUGAACCACCCUCAGAGCAAAGAGGAGGACAAGACAGAAGCCCUCUGUCUUCUGCUCACUGUUUCAAAUGCUGGACGCAAGUACAAAGAGAUUAUCUGUGAAAGCCAUGGUGUGAAAGCCAUUGCAGAGUGCCUGGCCAAAUCAAACACAGAUGACACCCAAGAGGCAGCUUGGGCCCUGUUAGAGUCCUUGUCCCUUGGAAACCUUAAAUACCAAAACAAGGUCUACAAAGGCCUGAUCGCCCUUAUGGCUUGUAGCUCUCCUAAGGCCCAGCAGCUGGUCCUGCACACUUUACGGACUGUGCAGUCCAAAAUGAAGACAGCCCAUCACAGCAUUGUAGGACCCCUGCUGAAUAUGCUCAGGUCCCUGCACCUGGAGGUUCAGGAUGAAGCUAUUAAUCUGAUUUUAGAGCUCAUGCAUUUUGAUGUAAGGCCGAUGUUGCUCAGAGGCCUGGUGACUAUGCUGAGACCUACUAAGGAAGACGUACAGCAGCACCAGCUCACAGAAGCGGCUGAGGGCAACAAAAUGACUGGGUCUCUGUCUGUGUUUGUGCAACAAGCUGCAGCAGCAAAAACUAUACGGUUGUUAGCUGAAGAAAGUAAAGAGGUUUCUCGUGAGCUUCUCUCUAUUGGAAUGAUCCAGCAUCUUCUGUGCAUUUUGGGCAACAGAGAACACAUUGAUGCUCAAAUACAAGCCAGUCUGGCCUUGAAGCUCUUUGUUCAGUCGUUUCCAGUUGUUAAGGAACAUGUGCAUAGAGUCAUGGGCAGUACACUGUAUGAAGCCUUCAUGAACAAAGCUGAGGCGCUGUACAUGAAUAUAGAUGAAACACAAGCAGCGAUCCUGCUGUCAGCAGAGGUUCAAAUAACUGAAGUUUUGGAUGGUAACAACUCUGAAGGCUGA